AUGUAUGCUGAAUCAUUUAUGGAUCUCUUCACCAUUGCAGUUGAGCGACAAUAUGAGCCAGAUGAAGCGAUGAAGGAGAAAAAAGAUGCUAUUUUUGAAAAGCAGUAUCCCGAGCGCCUGAGAAUACUGGAGGAUCUGUUGAAGGAGAAUGGUGGAGAAAAUUUCGUCGGAAGAAAGAUAUUAUGGUGCGACCUUGUGGCGUUGUGCGUGCUAUCAAUGAUGGAGGAGCUGAAACCUGAUGUUCUACAAGAUUUUCCGGACCUCCAGACAUACUACGCAAACAUGCGUAAUCUUCCUGAAAUCAAAGAAUAUAUCGAAAAUGCGUGGCCACCAGCUGCUUCAACCGCAGCGGAAUAG